AUGGAAGUGGUGGGUGACCUACGAAAGAAGAACUGUACUUCUGUCAUGAGGAACCUCAGCAGCCAGCAUUCAGAUCGUUACUUCUUCAGGAUUGAAACUAAGACCUUCACUACGACUGAAACAAGAGCUGUGUAUAUAAAUGUGUCAGAUUCCUUGGCUGAGCCGAAUGUAACUGUGCCGGUGCUCAGGGAGGGUGAGAAGGUGAAUCUGACCUGCACUGCUCCAGCUCCCUGCCCCAGUCACCCUCCAAAUGUAAUCUGGGCUCCUGCAUUAGGUGGUGAUGUAACACAGAGGACACAGAUGAACACUGAUGGGACUCAAAGUGUUUCAGCCAUCUUGAAUUUCAUCCCGUCGUUCCAUCAUCAUGAGCUGAAAGUGAAUUGUGUUUCCAUUCAUCCUCUACCCAGAGAGGACAAGCCCCUGCUCAGCCACAAGACCGUCAUCCUCAGUUUGGAGUAUCCUCCUAAGAAAACAUGGAUCUCUCUCACAGGCGUGGUCUGGCUUGGUAGUAAUGUGACCCUCACCUGUCAAAGUAAUGCCAACCCUCCCGCGUUCCACAGGUGGUUCCUGAAGAGAGCAGGUGUAGAGGAAGAACUGAACAUCUCACAUGCACUUUCCUUCACUGUGGCCCAAGAUAACACUGGGGAAUACAUUUGUGAGGCGCAGAAUCCAUACGGUGCAAAGAACUCCACAAACCUACAGAUCACUGUCCCAGGCACAUCCUUCACUACUUUCCUCUCACUUUUGGCAGUUUUAUUAUUGCUUGUAUUUGCACUUCUUAUUCUUAUGACUUACAGAAGGAAUAAAGAACCAAUCAGAAGUGAAACAAGCCAAGAUCAGAACAUUUAUGCCAAUAUGCCUGCAAGUGCAGUGAAAAGCCAGCAGCUUAAGUCAAAGCCACGUGAAGACGAGAAGACCAGCGCCAUUAACCCUGUAUACACAUUCAAACAGAAUAUCCCCGACGAAAGCAUCUACGCAAACUGUUGAAGUGAAAAGUAGCAUGUUUUAAACACCCGUUCAUGGUUUACCAAUGAACAAUUAGUCUCUGCAUGUCAGUAGUGUUCAUUUUAAUCAGUAUUAACAUAUGGACACUUCCCAAAGAUUAUGAUGUUCAGAACCAUAUCCUUGCUACUUCCUUUCUUUUUUUCAAAGAAUGGAAAUUCUCCAAUUCUUCAACACUGAGAGACU